GUCCUCGUGCAGCUGUUGUUGCACGCUGUUGCGUCCCUUCAUAUAUCCACAGUUGCGCAGAGAUUAAACAUUCAUUCUUGUGAUGGCUCCGCUACAGUAACAAACUGGGAUUACAACAAUCGAAAUAUUUCUAUUUGACAUACAGGAAAAUAGCCUAUAAUUCAUUAACGGAUUUUUUUGCAGUUUGCACGAAUAAUUUUACUGCAGAUGCCAGGAUGGGAUCCCCCGCAAAAUCUGACGAAAAGACCAUGGACUCAAUCAACUACAACAGCCACAAAUCCAAUUUUUCGCAUUGUUUAGGCGGGCUGCCAACCGCAUUUUGCGUCAUUUUGUCGGUGUGUUCUAUGGCAUUUUGUUUUUUGGUAAACUUCAGGACAGCUCACCUGGAGUACAGAGUGCAGACUUUGGAGAUGGAGAGAAUGUCCCCGGUCCCUUCCGAUGAGAAUGGAACGGUACCUGGUCUUCAGGAUAUCAUUGAAAAACUAGUGCACGAGAGACUGACCAAAGCACUGCCCAAACUUCGCGCUGCCAGGGAUGUCAUUCAAGAGUGCUCCUGUCCUCCAGGUCCUCCAGGAAAACGGGGAAGGAUGGGAAGACGAGGCGACUCUGGAUCUCCAGUAAGUACUGUUAAACCAUGGUUAAUGGGGUUUUAGUAGAUGUUUCAGGAUCUCCGGUAAGUACUGUUAAACCAUGGUUAAUGGGGUUUUAGUAGAUGUUUCAGGAUCUCCAGUAAGUACUGUUAAACCAUGGUUAAUGGGGUUUUAGUAGAUGUUUCAGAUCUCCAGUAAGUACUGUUAAACCAUGGUUAAUGGGGUUUUAGUAGAUGUUUCAGGAUCUCCAGUAGGUACCGUUCCACCAUGGUUAAUGGGGUUUUAGUAGAUGUUUCAGAUCUCCAGUAGGUACUGUUAAACCAUGGUUAAUGGGGUUUUAGUAGAUGUUUCAGGAUCUCCAGUAGGUACUGUUAAACCAUGGUUAAUGGGGUUUUAGUAGAUGUUUCAGGAUCUCCAGUAAGUACUGUUAAACCAUGGUUAAUGGGGUUUUAGUAGAUGUUUCAGAUCUCCAGUAAGUACUGUUAAACCAUGGUUAAUGGGGUUUUAGUAGAUGUUUCAGGAUCUCCAGUAGGUACUGUUAAACCAUGGUUAAUGGGGUUUUAGUAGAUGUUUCAGGAUCUCCAGUAGGUACUGUUAAACCAUGGUUAAUGGGGUUUUAGUAGACAUUUCAGAUCUCCAGUAGGUACCGUUCCACCAUGGUUAAUGGGGUUUUAGUAGAUGUUUCAGAUCUCCAGUAAGUACUGUUAAACCAUGGUUAAUGGGGUUUUAGUAGAUGUUUCAGGAUCUCCAGUAAGUACUGUUAAACCAUGGUUAAUGGGGUUUUAGUAGAUGUUUCAGGAUCUCCAGUAGGUACUGUUCCACCCAUGGUAAAUGGGGUUUUAGUAGAUUUAUGAGUAACCUAGUGGGCUGUGCUUCAGAUAAAGUAAGUGAAUGGACACAUGGGAGGCAACAGCAGGUAAAUAAUCAUUCUCUGCUCAUCUUAAGUGUAUGUGCUGUAGUUUUUGACCUCAAGGUGUCAAGGGCAAUACUAUUUGAGAAUUGCGGCAUUAAAAUGAAAAGUGUGCCAUAAUAUGAUUGUUUAAAAGCAUCCUGAUUUUAAUCCUAAUCCUGGCCUUUAGUUCUCUUUUCUUCUCUGUGUAAUCCUAACAGGGCACGCCUGGACGGGAUGGUUACCCGGGCCCACUUGGGAUGGAUGGGAAGCCUGGUGGUCCUGGUCCUAUGGGAAGCCAGGGACUGUCUGGGCCAAAAGGAGAAAAGGGAGACCAAGGAGAUAUGGGGCCCAGGAUGGUCUUCCCUCGCUUUGACCAUGGCUUUCUCUCUAGCGACCAGCACACAUUUCACAAACGCCUCCUGAAGGGUGACCAGGGUCAGGCUGGCCCCCCUGGACCCCCGGGGCCCCCUGGAUCACCAGGGCCCAGAGGACCCCCUGGGAACACAGGGAAGGAUGGGCCCAGAGGACCCCCUGGAGACCAGGGUCCACCUGGUCGAGAUGGAAUCGAUGGAUUAGAUGGACUGAUGGGUCCUCCUGGACAGAAGGGUGAGGAUGGACAGCAGGGCGUGCCUGGAUCACAGGGGUCUCCGGGGCUAAAGGGGGAGCAGGGGGCUGCUGGUGACCAGGGCAGGACUGGCCUUGAUGGACUACCAGGGAUGAAGGGCUUACCAGGAGAGAAGGCUGUUCCUGGCUCCUAUGACAACAUCGGCCUUGGCCUAGUCGUUCAGGGUCCCCCAGGGCCACCAGGGCCCCCAGGAGACCAAGGGUCAAAGGGAGACUCAGGCUCACCUGGUGCACCCGGGGCUGAUGGGGAUAAGGGAGCCAAAGGGGAUAGAGGUGAUGAUGGGAUGCCUGGAGUGGCAGGGGAGAAGGGAGAGCGAGGCCUGAUGGGCCAAACUGGGCUUGCGGGAGCUGACGGUAAAAAGGGAGAGCGAGGGGAUUCAAGGUUUGAGGACAGUCUGGCCCAGAGGAUCUCUAUCCCAGGCCCUCCAGGGCCUCCCGGGCCCCAGGGUUUCAUGGGACUUGAUGGCAGGCCUGGCCCCAAGGGGGAACCAGGUGAGGGAGUGAAAGGAGAUAAGGGAGAUGCAGGCGACAAAGGUCCUCCUGGGUUAAGGGGUACCCAGGGUCUUCCAGGUUCUACAGGGCUGGUUGGUCUCCCUGGCACCAAAGGGGGAAAGGGAGAGCAAGGAUUGCCGGGAUUAGAUGGUUUCCCCGGGCUGAUGGGACAAAAGGGGGAGAGGGGGGGCAGAGGAGACAAGGGUGACAGGGGGAUGCUGGGAAAGAAGGGACUGAAGGGACAGAAGGGCGAACAAGGCCCUCCUGGACUGGACCAGCCCUGUCCUGUGGGUCGGGAUGGGUUACCCAUACCUGGGUGUUGGCAUAAGUGAUGACUGACCCGGGACCCGGGACCUGGGAUCUGUACAUAUCGAUAUAUAUUUUUCAAAUAAAACUCAAGUGUUGUUUUUUGUUGUUGUUGCCAAUUCUAAUUUAAUAUAUUGAGUUUUUCGUAUUGGAAUUUAGAUUGUGGGUCACAAUCAAUAUUUUUUACUUUUUGCAUAUGAAAAGAAAACUAGUUUUUUUAGUUUAGAGAUGACUUACAAGAAGGAUAUCAUGCACACAAAGAGGGGAGACUGGUGACAAACGGAAAGCAGCAGCAAAUGCACUCAACACCUACCGGAUGGACAAAUGUUGCUGCUUUUAUCUAUACGGGGAGAAAUAAAUCAUUGAUUCUGACUAACAGGCUCACUAGUGUUCCCAUAUUGGAGUGUACAACUCAGCCUGCACCUUGCAAACACAUCUACCCCAUCACUCCUGUGAUCGCUGUUUGCUUUGAAAGGACCAGUCCUCAUGGCAGGGACCCAAUGCCAGGUGCCUAUCCCAACCUUAGGAGAGAGGUAUGGGGAGGCACAGGAGCCACACAGACUGACUGCGCUGGACAGAGACAGACGGCUACACCAGCAUGGAGGAAAUAUGGCUUUCACUCUUCAGCUGCAAUCCUAACUGGUACUGGAGGGACUGGAUUCAAACUCCAGAUCCCUCACAACAAAUUACAGACACACACUAGCUUAGAUGAAUGGAUUUAUUUCAAGUACUUCUAAAUCACUUAGCAGUGUGUUAUCCAUUACAUGAGGUUGUGUGUUUAUGUCAUAAUGUGUGUAAAAAUGAAUCACAUCUGAAAUGAUGUUUUAAUACCAUGAUCUUUCGAUGGCUUUUGAGAUUUAACCUUUGUCUGUAUAGACGUUUUCUUAAAUGUGUUUCAUGUUUAGAUCAAUAUUUUGGUUUAAAAUGUUCUAGAAUGUUUGUAAUGGUUUCAAAGUUGUUGCAUCAAAUGCUUUUCUCAUUCCUCUGAGUGCUCUAACCAGUUCAUUGACACAGAACACUGUAAAACGUUGUAGAUAAAUAUAAUGGGAUAUUCCUGUGUGUAGGUUUCGUGGAAAUUCCUUGGAUCUGUCUUAUAUUCAAGGUACAUACAUUUUCAUUUCAUACAUAUAGCCCCUGAAAAAGUUAGAGCUAUUCAAACAGUCAGAUUUAGAUGUUCAUGUCAAAUGAAUGAUAGCAAGCCUAAAAAAGGGUCAGGACUUUUUACAUCUGACAUCAAGGUAGAAAUUAAAUACAUAUUUUCAAACCUACCAGGUGGGCUUAUUGGGCUAAUUAUUGUUUGUUCUAGAUACAUGCAGUAUUUAAGUUGUCGUUCAUAUUAAAUACUAUUUCAAAUGGA